AUGGCCUUUCGUGGUGAGCGCUUUGUCAUUGACCUCGACUCUGACGACGAGAAUGUCCCCGAUUCCUCUUCGGUCGCCAUCCCUGGCAUGAUCGGUGAGAUUCGUGAACGCUCCCCCGCGGCUGCCCCGGCCCCGCCGACGCUGAAAGCGCCCUCCACUACCGGAUUCCCCGCCCCACGUCGUCGGGUCAAAACAUCUGCCUUUAAACAGCGACAGCAGGGGAAGGCGGAGAAGGUGGAGAAGGCCUCGGAGGUUUCUCCGCCACCCGUGUCGGAGGAGAAAGCGGCGAUCGAUGACCAGAAUCGACGCCAGCUGCAGGCCAUGUCGACGGAGCAGAUCGAACGGGAACGAGAGGAACUGAUGGAAUCGCUGGACACGGGGCUUCUCGAGCGAUUCCUGCGCCGGGCACGCAUCGACGGUUCCGGGGACUCUCCCGCAGACUCGACGGACCGUCAAUCCACCGGGGACACAGACCAGAAGGGACAAACACAACCCGCGACAACAGCGACACCCCCCGAGGUGGAAUCGCUCGCUCCGAAGAACCCUCCCCUCCCUUCUCCCCCUGCAAAAGCAUCAGUCGCAGCGGCAGCAGCAGCAGCAACAAACACCACAUCCAGCCGAGACGACCUGCCACCCUCACAGCUCCCCCCGGACCUACGAGCAGCAGCCGAAGCAGCACUACCAGCCGACCUACACUUCCCCACCCCGCCCCAGGCCUCGCAAGCCCCCAAUCUCGACCCAAACUCACCGUCCUUCCUCACCGACCUUCAAACCCACUACUUCCCCAACAUCUCGCACAACCCCUCCGCCCUAGACUGGCUGCAACCGCCCCCAGCCUCCACCGACAGCCCCGACGUCACCUCCGCCUACCACCCCGCCAGCGAAGCCGAGGCCGUUCACCCCGCCGACCUACGCUUCUCCCUCCUCGGCACCGUGCUCGCCCCGCGCACCGCCCUAGCACUCCCCACCUCGCUCGGCCUCCACCACCACGGCAAAGACCCCCACGCCGCAGGCUACACCGUCCCGGAGCUAGCCAUCCUGGGCCGCUCCUCCUUCCCCGCCCAGCGCUGCAUCGCCUGGCAAGUCCUCGGCCGCAUCCUGUACCGGCUAGGCAAAGGGCAGCUCGGCGAACGCGGCACCCCGCUCGUGGAAGGUCUGUGGGGGGUGAUCGAGAACGAGCGCGUCGUGCCCGCCAUGCUGAACGAAGCGGACGGCUCGACGACCGGUCCGACCUCGCGCCGGGCGUCCGACCGCCGUGGGUCCUCGUCAGAGGGGCAAGUCGGCUCCGGCUUGCAAGGCGCUGUCGGACGUCAUGCGAGCGCCGUCGCGUGGGCGGUUGAGGGCGUCUGGUUGUGGCAGAUGGGUGGCGCUGGUGAUAGGGGGGUAAUCAAGGAGAAUGCGGUGCGAUCGCAGUGAUGUUCU